UGCGCCCUUCCCGCCUCAGCUAAGGGCGCAGCCGGGCUGAGGACACCCCGGGUUCAUGGCUAAUGUCGAGUGCUCUCCCGCGCCAGAGACCGCCGCUCCCUACGGUCAGCUUCCCCAAGCCGCACAGCAGUUCCUGACGCCGCUACCCCGCCCACGGCCCUCCGGCUGGAGGCGCGGUCUCAACCCUGGACAGCAAGAGCCAAUCAGAAGCAGCAGCGGGCGCAGGGACCCGCCGGGCUCUCCUUCCUCCGGAAAGCGGAAGCGGAAGUGACGCCAGGGACAGGUGGGGGCAAUCAUGGUGCCGCUGGGGAGGGGAGAAGCUGCCGCUGCCGCCGUUGCCGGGAGCCGCGGAGAAAGGCCAUUACUUUUCCAUUUCUCACAAUUGGGCUGAGCACAACUGAACCAUGGGGGAACACAGUCCAGACGACAAUAUCAUCUUCUUUAAGGGAGAGGAAGAUGACCUAACCCCGGAUGAUAAGAUGCUCAGGUUUGUGGAUGACAACGGACUGGUGCCUUCCUCAUCUGGAACUGUUUAUGAUAGGACCACUGUUCUUAUAGAGCAGGACCCAGGCACUUUGGAGGAUGAAGAUGACGAUGGACAGUGUGGAGAACACUUGCCUUUUCUUGUGGAAGGUGAAGAGGGCUUCCUGAUAGACCAGGAAGCAAUGUCCCAGGGUUAUGUACAACACAUUAUCUCACCCGAUCAGAUUCAUUUGACUAUAAACCCCGGUUCCACGCCCAUGCCAAGAAACAUCGAAGGUGCAACCCUUACUCUGCAGUCGGAAUGUCCAGAAACAAAGCGGAAAGAAGUAAAGCGGUACCAGUGCACCUUUGAGGGAUGUCCCCGCACCUACAGCACAGCAGGCAACCUACGCACCCACCAGAAGACUCACCGAGGAGAGUAUACCUUCGUCUGUAACCAGGAGGGCUGUGGCAAGGCCUUCCUCACCUCCUACAGCCUCAGGAUCCAUGUGCGAGUGCACACAAAGGAGAAGCCAUUUGAGUGUGAUGUACAGGGCUGUGAAAAGGCAUUCAACACACUGUACAGGUUGAAAGCACAUCAGAGGCUUCACACAGGGAAAACGUUUAACUGUGAAUCUCAAGGCUGCAGCAAGUACUUCACCACACUCAGCGACCUGCGGAAGCACAUUCGAACCCAUACAGGAGAAAAGCCAUUUCGAUGUGAUCACGAUGGCUGUGGAAAAGCAUUUGCAGCUAGCCACCACCUUAAGACUCACGUCCGGACGCACACUGGCGAAAGACCCUUCUUCUGCCCCAGUAACGGCUGUGAGAAGACAUUUAGCACUCAGUACAGUCUCAAAAGUCACAUGAAAGGUCAUGAUAACAAAGGAACAGCAUACAGUGCACUUCCACAACACAAUGGAUCAGAGGAUACAAAUCACUCACUUUAUCUGAGUGAGUUGGGCCUUCUGUCCACGGAUUCUGAAUUGCAAGAAAAUUCCAGUACAACACAGGACCAGGACCUCAGCACAAUUUCACCAGCAAUCAUCUUUGAAUCAAUGUUCCAGAAUUCAGAUGACCCUGCAAUUCAAGAUGAUCCUCUGCAGACCGCUGCCUUGAUUGACAGUUUGAACGGUGACACGGAGUCAGUCAGUGAUGUUCCACCACCUGCAGGAAAUGCAACAUCUUUAUCUCUUCCACUCGUACUGCAGCCUGGUAUCUCCGAGCCACCCCAGCCUCUGCUACCAGCCUCAGCUCCGUCCGCUGCUCCACCUGCUCCCUCCCUAGGGCCUGGUUCCCAGCCAGCUGCAUUUGGCAGCCCUCCUGCGCUCUUACAACCUCCAGAAGUGCCUGCUCCCCACAGCACACAGUUUGCUGCUAAUCAUCAAGAGUUUCUUCCACACCCCCAGGCGCCACCCCAGACCAUCGUACCAGGACUUUCUGUUGUUGCUGGGGCUCCUGCAUCAGCAGCAGCAGUGGCAUCAGGCGUGGCAGCACCAGCCCCACCACAAAGUACUACUGAGCCCCUGCCUGCUAUGGUCCAGACUCUGCCCCUGGGUGCCAACUCUGUCCUAACUAAUAAUCCCACCAUAACCAUCACCCCAUCUCCCAACACGGCAAUCCUGCAGUCCAGCCUAGUCAUGGGAGAGCAGAACUUACAGUGGUUAUUGAAUGGUGCCACCAGUUCCCCACAAAACCAAGAACAAAUUCAGCAAGCAUCGAAAGUCGAGCAGGUGUAUUUCACCACUGCAGUACCAGUAGCCAGUAGCACAGGGAGCUCUGUCCAGCAGAUUGGCCUCAGCGUUCCUGUCAUCAUCAUCAAACAAGAGGAGGCCUGCCAGUGCCAGUGUGCUUGCCGGGACUCUGCAAAGGAGCGGGCAGCCAGCCGGAGAAAAGGCUGUGCCUCCCCACCCCCUCCAGAGCUGAACCCCCAGCCUCCUGACGGGCCCAGCCUUCAGUUACCGCCCUAGACUUCUCCCUCCCUCUGCCCCCCUCAUCCUCCUCCACCGGACCCUCUUCCUGUGAGCAAAGCAGACAGGCUGAGGCUCCUCAGACCCUCUGAAAUGUUAAGUGCCAUGGAUAUGUCAAAGUUCCUGUCCUUUCAGAGCCUGGACACCCGUCUAGUCCAGUUCACAGUGAAGCACUACUGCAGGCGUAGAGAAGACGGGCCUGGCCAGCAGCAUCGCCAGGGGUAGGGCCUGUGUGCGCGCCCCUCCAGGAACAGGGUGAGCAGGAAGUAUCGGGUGUGAUGCUGCCAUCAUGGGGUCAGAAAUUGGAAGGAUGAAGAAAUCUGCCAUCUGAAAGCCUCACCUUUCAGACAUAUUUUCUUUACUCAUAUCCCAGGAACAUCCAUUUUAAGGAACUGAUCUUUGGAGGAAAACAAAGAAAAAGAAAAAAAAAAAAAAGCUAAGUUAUAAGUGAACUGUCUGGCUGCACUGUAUGUCACUUUUGCUUAUUGUUAUGUGAACUUGGAAAUUAAGGUUACUGGUAUGCAUAAAAGUUCUAAAUGAAAGGGUGUGGUUUCCAUCAAUUUGGUCCUGCCCAUCAUUUGCACUGGGGUCACUGUGGAUUGGGCAGGAGAGUUCAGUGUGCUGGUGUUGCUCCUCUGUCUUUUUCAUCUGAGGCAACACACCUGUCUGGAGGGCCAGACCACCGCUUCUGUGGAAGUGGGUAGUGGCAAGGGCAGGUGUGAGUUGUGAGCUAGACAGGGGGGCAUUGUUUGGUUGUUGGCGCUUUGUUUCUGUGGAGCUUGGAGUAGUAGAUACAGAGGGGCCUGUCCUGUAUCCUGCUCAAUCCAAAUGGGCAGCUUCAAGCCCCCUGGCCAUAGUGAUGGUGUGGUUGUGCGGGGCCGAGGCAGUUGUUGACAGCAAGGUUGAUAACGUGCCGGAGCUGGCUCCAGCACAGCCACAGCCUUUGCCUUCUUGGCCUUUCCAUUUCUCAGUGCUUGUCAGGGCUGGGAGCUUGAAGUGCACCUGUCCUGAGGAAGUACCCUAUUUUAUCCUCAAGUGUACACAAGGCUUCUGGCCUGUGUUGCCAGAGUCUGGCUGCCUUUCCUGGUGUUCUAUUCCUCAGAGCAGAAGGGUUGCUUCUCCAGAGCAGGUACAGAUCUAAGGGAGUUGGAUGAAGCAGCCGGUGGUACCCAGUGGUAGCCAGGCUUUUGAUUAUUCCUCCCAUCUCCAUCCCUCACAUCUCGAUUUUGCAUAUAGCCUCAAGUACAGUGCAAACAAGGAUGUGAUUUCUAAACAAAAAGGAAUAAAAAAAACUAAAACGAUGAUCUUCUACUCAGGGUAAAACAAAAAAUUCCCCUUCCACCAAAAAGCCUGAAGCUUGCAGUCAGUUACCUCAUUUGGAAUGUUUCAUUAAGUUGUGUUAUAGGAUUUUUUUAUUAGUGUAUAGAAUUAUAUCCAUCUGCCUGCCUUUGGUUCCUGGUUACUGCCUCUUCAGAUAUAAGUACAAUCCAUAGGAGAAUGAGAGUUGCUGUCCUUUGGCUGUUUAGUGUGGCCAUUGGUGCUCGGGAAGCUCAGUGGCUAGCUGGGCCCAGGGUCUGAAGGUCUCUGGCUCCUGCAAGGAACAAGGUCCAGUGCCCAAACAAGACAAGAGAGCUGCGUAGGUGACCCUGCCACUGCCUGGGCCUUUCCUCAGAGCCAGCCAGGAUGGUGUCCUUUUAGAAGACUCGUGUCUAAAGGCAAGAUAUUUAGGGUCAGUGACCAAGAGAGUCAUGGCAGCAGUAAUGGGGAGAAGUGGGUGCAGCGGACUUCCCAUUCUAGGAGUUGACUGGGAGUAUGGAUUUCUUAAUUGACAUUCUACGUGCCCUCUCCCCAAAUGGCUGGUAGAUUUGGGCAACCGUAGGCCUCAGCAGAAAUCCAUAAGAUAGGAAGAGUCCUUUGUUAGCACAGUGUUAGACCUCCUUGGGGAAGCAGCUGCUUGAGUGCAGGUGGUCUUCAGCUGUCUCUAGGACUUGCACCCACAGGAAGUUUCGCACUCAGGCCCUUGCUGUUUUCUUUCUAACCUCUGAGGAGAGCAGUGAAUGAUACCCUAAGGUGAUAGCCUGGGAUUCUGGUUCGCUGGGAGCUGACAUAGGAAACAGGAGCCCAAGGGGGAUGUGUGAAAGGUUUGAAUGGUUUAAAGAUGGCUUCUUGGUUAGCUAGGGCUGUGCUCUUAAUGGUCCCUUCCUGAGUCUUUGGCUUUUCACUCUCCACAGUUGCGGGGUGUAGAAGAAGCAUUUAAGCAGUAUUGAGGCAGACGUGUUUCCAGUUGAAGGAAUUAAGAUUUGUCUUUGUGUGACCGUAGAACACAAGAUUCAGAUAUAACUAGCCUUUGGAAAUUGAGGAAUGUCUUUAAAGUCAGGAGUUGUGGAGGGCUGGGUGUAUUCCACAGGGUAGACAGGCUUUCCUCCCAUGCUGGUCCAGCUCUCCCCUCAUCCUCCUGCAAGCCCAGCCUCUAAUGCCAAGGACCUCAGAGAGGAGGGAGCCCCCGGCUAAACCAGAGCCAGAAAGACCUUCAUGGAGAGUGGCUUCUCAGGGGAAUGAACUUAGGGUAAGGCUAAGAAGAGAGACUUCUGACAGGUGGAUUUAAGCCUUUUCUCUUCCCGUGGCAGCCUUCACCAUUGUCAGCCUGUAGUCCAUACUUGGGCCACCACUGGCAUCUCUAGGUUAGCCCCUUCCAAGAGGCUGCUUCACGACAAGACUGGAGAGAGGAGCUGGUGGUCCUGGAGGUGGCCAGGCAAUCUUGGUCCCACCAAACUGCCUUAAAAGUGUGGCCCUUCCCAGACAGGGGGGCAAGGCUGAAGGAAGGUGGCUCAGUCUCCUUGACAGGGUCUGGCCGAGCUCAUGGGGCAGCACAAGUCUGGUGACUGCAGUAGUGUCGUUCACCAACUUCUGCUCCAGUUUAGGAGAUCAUGGUACGGUGCCCAGGAGAGGCCUUUGAGAUGUGGGGACCUCUCUAGGUAGAAGGCAAAGGGGCUUCCCUUCCCUUCCAGAGAGUCAGUACAUGGGAAAAGGUGGUUUUCCUAGCCAGGGCAGUGGACUGAUGGGUAAUGGAGGUAGAUGAGGUUUUCCUGAGGCUUUGUAUGAUGCUGAAUGUGUCCAGAGGGACAAAUUUGCAGAACCUCAUAUUGGUAUAUUAAAGAAAUAAUAAAAUAAAAAGCACUUUAGGUUACUUUAUCUUUAACCCAAUUGCUGCAUUUCUGUUGUGUGUGUGUAUAUAUAUACGUAUAUAUACUUUGCACAGUUUUAUUUUUCGCUCAGAAUAAAGUUGAGGUGUGAAGAAAAGCACUUACUUCCCGGUGCAAUCUAUGCGUAGCUUGACAGUCUUACCCCAUGUGGCCCUGGCCCAGCCUGUGUUUGUGCUCCCUCAGCCCUGUGCUGAAGCUGUCCACAGGGAAACACUAUCUGCAUCUCAGCAGCUGCUCAUCUAUGCAAGCCUUCCCUGUGUGUCCCGGGUGCCCCUCAGGCCCUCCGAGGAACUGCUGCAGCUGUUUUCUUCUGACUGUUGAGCCCCCCUUCUGUCACUUCUCUGUCCCCUGCUCUUUCCCCUCCUCACCAUGACAAAGUGAUUCCCGGAAGGGACAGGCUGUUCCCAGGUAAAAACCUGGCACCUUCUAGACUUUCAUAUUUGUAAUCACAUCCAUUGACGGUAACGACUUCCCCAGUGUCGCUGAAACUAUUGAUUUGUAGCAAUGCACCGCUAUUGCUCAUUUAUAGCUUUUUUUUUUUUUCUUUUAACACCCCAAAUCAGAAAUAUGUUGGAAGAAAGGAGUGGGCAAUACAAACCAUUUCUGUACUGCUCUCCUCACAUCCUGUGUUGGUUCAAAGCAGACUGCCGGGCUUCAUCAAAUCCAGUAAUAAAGAUGCUAUAACCUCCCUCAUGGGGUCCCACCUAAUCUUAAAUUCCCAGCUGCAGACUAGAGGCAUUUUAAAUACACUUCUUCAGCCAGAGCAAGAUUUCCACAGAUGCAGUUUGCAAGUAGUUCCGCUGCGACAUAGAUGGGAAACUGUCCAUCCCUUAUUUGGGGUGGAAGAGGUUCAGCCACAAAGCCAGAUGAUCCAUGUUUCUGAUUGGUCAAUCUGUUUGGCCUGUUUCUGGCAUAUUCUUGGGGGCAAAGAUAAAAAGGUCUCAUCUCUUAUGCCCCUGCUUGUGGGGAGGACGAUCUUUAGCCUGGGCAUUUCUCACUGUUAUUCCUGGUGGCAAGAGGGCAUCUCAGUCUGCACUAAAAAUGCAGGUUACUGGAUCUGUCAAGGUAUAUUGUGGUUCAAGCUUGUUCUAGAAGUGGGAUUUAAAAACCAUGCACUGCUCCCUUGGUGGUGGCCUACUGGGCCAAACAUAAGUGAUAAUGUCAGGUCACUUUCUCAACUCAAUGCAGUUUCUACUUUUUUUUUUUUUUUACAGGACAUUUUUUCGUAAAACUUUUUUCCACCAAAACCUAGGAUGUUUUUGCAGUAUCUUUAUUGCCCUCGUGGUGCCCUGUCAGAGGCUCGUCUGCCCUGGCCUCUGUGUUCUCAGGCCUCCCAAGUGCUGUUGGUCCAACAGUCUGCAUCUUCUGUUGUGCUCUGGAGAAAAUGUCACUGAGGUCGGAGUUCCAGGCAACUGUUCCCUUUUCUUGUGAACUCACCCCUAGUUCCAGUUUGGGAGGGUAGCUGGACACAGGCUUUUCUGGCUAUCUGGCUCAGACCUAGCCAGAAAAGGCCAUCCAUUCUCUUUUCUAACACACACUAAUCAUUGGCCAGUGGUCUUGGUGACAAGUUUUUAAGUCCCAAAUACUUUAUUUGGAUUAUGUAAAAGUAUCAAAUUUAUUUUAAAUGUAAAACAUGGGAACAACGGACUUCCACUGAGCGAUAUGGAAACGUUACAGGUUCAGUACUUCCAAAGGAAGAAACUUCCAAACCCAAAAAAGAAUAAAUACGAAUUUGUAUUUUUGAAGAAUGUGAAAUAAUGGUGUUUGCUUAAUUGCUCAUUUUGUAUAAACUUAAUAUUGUACUUUAAAAUAUCUGCUAUGAAGUAAAAAUUUAACUUUUUGGAAUUGAAAAAGCAAUAUUAAAUACUAAUGAAAUCUUAAUUAAAUGCUUAUUUAAAUCUGGUAGUACCU